AUGGCAGAGAGCUAUACUUCGAAAGUGACCAAAGUGCCCUUCUCAGCCGGUCAAAUGGAGGCGCUGACCGCCUUGUGCGACACCCUUUUGCCCUCCGUCGAUAUUUCCGGCGACGAUCUCCGCCGCCAAGACCUCCAUGCGCCGCUUGAUGACGUCAUCCGGUUCUAUCAAACGUCAGCGUCCAUGGCCGGGACUCCACAACUCGUUGGUGAGUUUAUAGGAGAAAAAGUGAAGCAUCCAAAGAUUUAUUUGGCCAAGCUGGCAUUAUUUUUGCUGUCAACAUGGUUAGGAACCUUUGUAUUGUGUGGGAUAAAAAGUUUGUCUCAUAAAUUCCCAUAUUUCCAAAGAUUUUCAAAGGUGUCACCAAAGAAAAGAGAAGAAAUAUUAUUGUCAUGGUCAACAAGCUUCUUCUUUCUACUUAGAAUCCUCUUUGCUGCUCUCAAAAUCUUCACCCUCCUCACAUUUUUCACCCAGGUGAACGAGAAAAACGACAACCCCGCGUGGAAAGCAAUCGGCUACUCCGGCCCGGACCCGACCCGAAAACCCGACCCAAAAUCCACCACAGAAAACCCAGCCGGACCCCUCCACAAAGGCAUCGUCAACUUGACCGAUCAAAAGCAGAAAUCCCUCCACAAGCUACAAACCCUAGGCUUCCCCAUAUCCACACCCAAAGCCGGCAAAAAAAACCCAUCUUUCGUCGUCAAAUGUGAUGUCGCCGUCGUCGGCUCCGGCUCCGGCGGCGGCCUGGUCGCUGGAGUCCUCGCCAAAGCCGGCCACAAUGUUGUCGUGCUCGAAAAAGGCGACUACUUUGCCCGGGACAACCUUUCUCUCCUCGAAGGCCGUGCCAUGGACCAAAUGUACCUCAACCACGGCAUCCUCUGUACGGAUAACAUGGAUGUUCUCAUAGUCGCGGGGUCCACCGUCGGCGGUGGGUCUGCCAUCAACUGGUCAGCCUCGAUUCGGACCCCUCGCCACGUGGCGCGAGAGUGGAGCCAAAAGCACGGCUUGAAACUUUUUGAGACGGAGGCCUACGAGCACGCGUUGGACGUCGUGUGCGCGAAAAUGGGCGUGCAAUCCGAGUUCGAAAUUGAGGGUUUCAACAACAUGAUUCUCCGAAAGGGUUGCGAAAAUUUAGGGUACCAUGUGGAGAAUAUCCCCCGCAACGCGUCCCGCGACCACUACUGCGGGUGGUGUUGCCUCGGUUGCGCGGACGGGCAGAAGAAGGGUACUCCCGAGACUUGGCUCGUCGACUUGGUCGAGUCGGGAAACGGCGCGAUUCUCACGGGUUGCGAAGCUUUAAGAGUCGUUACCGAGAAAAAUGGGGUUGUUGAGGGUAAGGGACGGAAGAGACGAGCAGUCGGGGUGGAAUUCGCGUACGAGACGGAAACGGGUCGGCAGAUCGGAUUCGUGGAAGCCCGAGUGACGGUAGUGGCUUGCGGGGCAAUAUGCACGCCUGGGCUUCUGAGACGGAGCGGGCUUAGGAACCCGAACAUCGGGCGGAACCUGCGGCUCCACCCGGUGGUGAUGGCGUGGGGCCAUUUCCCGGACGGGCCCGGGUCUUGGCCUGGACCCGAGAAACGGAGCUUCGAGGGCGGGAUCAUGACCGCCAUGUCGAAGGAGGUCGCGAACUUCGAUACGUCAGGCUAUGGGGCGUUGAUCCAGACGCCGGCUCUCCACCCGGGAAUGUUCUCGGUCGUCACCCCUUGGGCCUCAGGUCGGGAAGUCAAGGCCCGGAUGGUUAAAUUCCCGAGGACGGCCCACAUUUUCGCUCUUGCACGAGACGUCGGGUCGGGUGAGGUGAUCUCGGAGACGGACGUGAGGUACGAGGUGGGCCCGGUCGACGCAAAGAGUCUGAGGGAAGGGGUAGGGAGGGCAUUACGGAUACUGGCGGCGGCAGGUGCUGAGGAAAUCGGGACCCACCACAGAGAGGGCAGAGUUCUGAGGGUGAGAGAGACGUACAAGGAGGAGCUCGAGAGAUUCGUGGAGGAGGAGAGUUCGAGGCCGGUUAGUGGGCUUUCGUCACCCGUGUGCUCGGCCCACCAGAUGGGGAGUUGUCGGAUGGGAGUCGGGCCGAAAGUGUCGGUGGUGGGGCCCACCGGGGAGAGUUGGGAGGUGGAAGGGUUGUACGUGGCAGACUCGAGCGUGUUCCCAACUGCGCUAGGGGUGAACCCGAUGGUGACAGUGCAGGCAGUGGCGUAUUGCACGGCGCGGGCGAUCGAGGAGGCGCUCAGCAGCGGGGAGAACGUGGAGAAGGUUUGA